UACAUCUCCAUCCACAUCACAUUCCACAUUGCUGUUAAGCCCAGUUAGAACUAUUUUCAACUCGAUACUCGUAACAUUACUCGAAUAUUUUAACCUACAGUCUUCCUCCAAUUUUUUAUUUAUAAUUUACACCUAAAUUUUUAUCAAAUAUCAGUAAUUAAUAUUCCGAUUACAAAUAUGGACCUUCAAAAAUUGUAAAAGAUUACCAACAGUAUUUGUGAAAUCAGUGUACAGGUGAAUUUCUAGCUCGUUAUUUGAAUGGUUAGAAUAUCAUAUAUUUAACCUUACACCAGUCGUAUUUAUAUUCAGAGAAAUAUAAAUGAUGGACAGCUCUGAAUAUGAAUUAGUUCGUAAUCUCACUCUUCUAUUCUUUUUCGAACGAUUGAUGGAUAAAGGUGGUCCACGAACUCUACAUGAUCUAAGUUGUCAAUUUGGUGCUAAAGGAUUUACUAAAGAAAUGCGUCAAAUAGCAGGAGGCUCACAAAGUGGCCUGCGAAAGUUUUUGACGCAAUAUCCUUCAUUAUUUGUUAUUAAUGGUGAUUAUGUUUCCGUUAAUACAUUUGAGCCAUCUCCUGAGCAAGAUACUGGUGUUAAAAAAGUUGGUAAACGAGACUACGCUAAAGAGGCUGUUGAAUAUUUUACAAAUAAGCUUAUGGAAUAUGGAGAAGGAGCACAUGUACCAAUAAAAUGUUUAUUAGGCCAUCGAUCACAAGCUUCACCCGAAGUUAGACAUAUUUCUGGUCAACAUUACCGAGAAUUUCGUGAUUUUUUGCUGAAAUUCCCUGAUGACUUUAUUGUCUGUGAUGAAAAUGUUAUGUUAAAACGAUUUGAAGGUAUGCAAGGUGUUCCUUUCAGAGAAUUGGAGCCAGAAAUAGCCGUUGAUCCAAAAAUGACUACGAAAUUAAUCAAAUUUUUUAAAAAAUUAAUCAAAGAAAGAGGUCCAUGCUCAAUUGAACAACUAUUACUGUUGGCUACAAAUAAUACUACAAGUAAUACUAUCUUUACGACAUCACAAGACUUGACGAUAUUUUUUAAAAUGUUUCCGCAUGCAUUCAACGUUCAGAAGCAAUUAGUUUCUGUAUGUGAUAAGGAGAAACCAAAUCCUCGACAAGAUAAAAAUAAUUCAAAAGAUGCUGAAAAUCGUCGACGGAAUACUGAUACUCCAGACUCUUCCUCAUAUGAAUCAGUAUCUAAUUCAGAUUCUCGUCCUCAUAGUAAUAAUGAAACCAACUGUUCUGAAACAAAUAAUGACGUUUUUCCACCAGUUGAAGUGAAUUGUAAUACAAGUGCAUCACCAAUCAACAUUCAACAACAAACACUUAAGCAGAGAAUUAACUCUCUUGUUAUGAAAACUCUUGCAGAUAAUACUGAAAAAGAUCGAAGUUCCCAUAAUGUUCAAGUUGGUGAUGCCUGGAAAUUGAAGAUUUUACAAAAAACUAAAUUAGUUGUGAAUGUGAAAGAAUGUACGCGAAUUAUUGAUGAAAUUAUGAAUCCUAGAAAUUCAAUACGUGAUAAAGUUGUUGUUUCAUUCGAUUGUGAAGGAAUCAACGUUGGUACUAAAGGACAAAUCACCUUGAUACAAAUCGGAACUGUAUAUGGACUUGUAUACAUUUUCGAUUUGUUUACUUCUCCAGAUCUUAUUAAUCCUUUACGAACUCUAUUAGAGAGUCCAUCAGUGAUAAAAGUGGUUCAUGACUGUAGAAAUGACAGUGUAAACUUGUAUAAUCAAUUUUCAAUUACUCUCAAUAAUGUCUUCGAUACUCAGGCUGCACACGCAGUUAUUCAAUAUCAAGAAACGGAAAAACCUGUUGAUAAAGUAAAAAAUAUCAACCUGAACACUUUGUGUGAACUAUAUAAUGCACCAAGUAAUCCAUUAAAAAGUCAAUUCAAGUGCGUUUAUCGACGAGAUCAAAAAUACUGGUCACGAAGACCAAUAUUAAGAGAUAUGCUCAUUUAUGCUACUAGUGAUGUACUAGGUCUAGUACCUCAAGCAUAUUCAACUAUGUCGAAGUUAAUCAAACCUGAGAUGUAUGCACUAUUUCAACAGUUAUGUGAAGAGCAAAUAUUUAUGCAUAUAUCUCCCACAGAAAUGAAAGCUCGCAAAAAACAACGUAAAAUUGAAGCAGAAGUGGUACAUCUUCGUAAACGAAUGGAUGAAGCUGGAGAGAAGAAUAUCGUAUUGAGUAAUCGAGAAAUAAGACUUUUGCGUUAUCUAUCUCUAACUGAGGAUGAGAAAGAAAGAUUAAAAUGCAACUAUAAGGUAGCAAAAAAAUUGGAGAAGCUUGAAAGUUCAUCGCAAGAUAAGAAUGAAAGUACUGAUGAAGAUGAUGACGACGACGAUGACGACGAUGAGAAAAAUGAUGACACUGAGUGUACGAGUUUAGAUAGCUGUGUAUCGGAUAAUGCACUAUACGAUGGUGCACAAUUGAAAUUAAACCCACCUACAAUCACAGAGUCCAUGCAAAUGGUAGAUGAUAUUUUAUCUGACGAGCAUAUGGACCGAGUUGAAAAAAUUGAAAAGCUAGAGGCCAUACUUUCGUCAAUAACUAAUUGUAAUUCUGAUAAAUUAAUGUCAGAAACAUUAAAUGCUAAUUCUUGUUCUUGUAUGUGCCAUGAUACCUCUUCUUCGCAAAAUCGAACGGAACUUGUUCAAAAGCAUGCAGCAACUCAAACAUUGAGUACUGGUGAUAUCGUCAUAACAAGAAUAUUUUUUACUGAUGAAGAAAAAGAGCGUGCUAAUACACCAAAUUCGCCAAAAAAGUCGAUGCCUUAAUUACGUAAAAAAUCAUUUAACGGCAAUAAAAACGCAUGAUUUGAAUUAAUGAACAAAUAAGUCUACUAACUAUGGAAUACUUACAAUGGGUUAAAGGUUAUAUAAUUUAGGAUAGCAGAAAUUAAUAUCUAUUUUUAUUAUUAUAAUAUUUCAGAUGGUUAAUGUUCGUACUACCAUUGACUGUUUACGCUUUAAAGUUGGUUAUUUACUUUUUGAGUAUGUUAAUUUUUCCGAGAAUGUUUAUUUUAACUUCAUAAAUGGUUAUAAAGUUCUAUACAAAUGAAAACUAAUGAAAUUAUAGAAAAUUUUUGCGCCAUAAAUUAUAUUAUAAUACUUUUAUUAACGUAGUAGAAUUUUUUUUAAUAUAAGAAUAAUAUGGCCUUACAAUGAUGGUAUUUAAAAAAAUGUUUGCAACAUGAUUAUGACAAGAUCUGAAUGAUGUACUCAGAUGGAAUAUUAUUAAGACUAGCAACUAGUGAUAAAGCAAUAAAUUUAUAAAAAUAGGAAGAUGAAAAAAAUUCAUUUUUAAUAAUAUUUAGUUGUGCAAACAUUUUUUUGAACUCUUAGUAGACAAUAUUGAUAGAUAGUAUUAAAAUAACUUCAUGGUGUAAUUUUUUUCUGCUUAUGAAAACUUUAUAUUGUAAUUUCGAAUAAUGAAAGAUUUUUGUUGUAUCCCGCCAAUUAAAAUUAAAUGAUGUAUAUUUUGUAAAAUAUAGUAACAUACGUAUUGCCGUAAAAAAAUAUUAUACAAAAUUAAAUUUUUAAUUCUGUGCAUUGUAUACGAGGUUUUAGCUGUAUCUCGCUUUUUGCUAAAGGAAUUUUGAAGCGAGUAAAUUAAAAAAUAAUAAUUCGGCUUUUUCAUAUUGUGUAAUUAUUUAUAAACGGAACGUUGAGCAAUAAAAAUUUACUAUUUUUUUCUAAA